AUGUCCACAACAACCGCCGAAGAUCCACUUUGCGCCGCCGUCGCUAAACUAACUUUUGGGACAUGGUACAUCUGGCAGACCAUCUUCAAAGCGGCCCUCAGCUCGGGUACUGUACUUUUUGUGGGAUAUAUGUUUGCGCGGAAGUUGAUAUGGAUUCAUAAAGAAGUGCAUAGUCUAAUCGGCUUCAAAUUGCUCAUCGUCGCUAUUUACGCGUUGAUAAAUGCGAUUACGCAUUAUACUGAACCCUUCAUAAACGACCUCAACCUGGUGGUCAUCUGCAUCGACGUGCCUACGAUGUUUUACGGGUUGUUAUUCAAAUUCUUUUGCGAGUAUAGACUGAAAAAACGAAACCGCCGCAGUCUACAGCACACCUAUCGGAUGCGGUAUUCCCUCCUUGUCGUCAAUUCCUUUCUUCCUGUUAUUUUCUUCCACUGCCUAGUCAUUGCAUUCCAAAAUAUCAUCUACUUUGCGUGGCCCUGGUACGCUGGAGCCGUGAAGGAUUAUGUGGAGAUGAAGAAUAUUGAUGGGUUGACAUAUAUAACACCUUAUUACAUCGUUGUUAUGCCAAUUAUGUAUCGAGUUGCGCUGCAGAGAUUACGAGAAAGGAGGGAACGUGAAUUCGACGAAGCAAGAAGCCCACGACUUGAUGGAAAAGUUGCCCCGCAUGGCGAGGUCUACCGUAAUCUACUAGCUUCGGCUUGGGCGGUGCCGACGAGUAUUACAAUCAGGAAA